UUAAUUUUAGAGCUUUCGGUGCGUGAUGCCAACUACGCCACCGAGGCACAAACAUUAUCUUUCGGAGAAAGUGCAUUCCAUGCAUUAACGAUGCUUAAUGUUAACUCCAUGAAAAUCGGUUUACUUGAAUAUAAUCUUGCAAUCGCACUCGAAUCAAUAAAUUGA